UCAACACUUACUUUGAAACGAUGGGAUGAGAGAAUUCAUUUUGUGACCCCAUAAAAGGUGAGUAUGUCCAACCAUAAAGCAAUAGAAUUGCAGGAAUUGCUGUGUGCAGAGUAAGCAGUGUCAGAGUCCACUAACCUGAUCCUUGAAUGGGAGAUGAGUGUCAGACCUCCACGCUGAGAGAAGCACCUCCAUCACUCCCUCCUUCUCCGGUCACCAUGGCCCCAGGCAAGACGCUGAAGCUGGCCGUCUACGAGCUGCUGCAGUUCGUCGGCCUCGGUGCCACCGUGCUGGUCGUCAUGGAGAGGUUCGCCCGCAUCGUGAGCGACACGAAAGGCAGCGACAACACAACCUACUGGCUGGUGGUGGCUAUCUCUGUGGCCUAUGUGACCUCCGCGGCCUUGCUGGUGUGGGUGCCACUCAAAUACCACAUCUUGAAGAGGAGGAGACUGAUGGACAAGAUCACACACUGGAGGCCAACAGCGUUGGUGUAUGUCAUCUUGUGCACGUUACCGUGCUUCGCUAUUUUGAUAGCCAGCUCGCAGGUACAAGUCAACUCGGGCGUGAGACUCGACCACUUUGCCGAGUUGCCGGUCUCCUUGGUGAUGUUCUCCCUCAUCUGUGUGGACCUGGUGGAGAGGAUACGACCCUGCAGUCUGCUUGGACAAGCAGACAGUCUGGACCUGACCUUUGACCUGCCAGGUCCAGUCCUGACCCACCUGGAACCAGUCAGCUCUGUCUCCAGCCAGCUGCCUUCCGAUGAAGCCCAGCAAAAUGGCGCCCCAGCGAGGCAAGCGGAUCCCGGGAACAAGACCGUCGCACCUCGCGUGAGGCAUGACAUGGGCGUCCGCUCCACGCCACUCAGCUCCAGAGCGUCUAGCACCGCCUACUUGUACUCUUCCUCGUCCUCACACCCACUAGGCUUCCUGAGGAGGAAGGACGCAAGGUCGGAGGUGUUUGUGGAUUGUUUCCUGUUCUGGUUCGAUACCGUGGAGAUGGUGCGGGUGUCCAGCCAGCCAGAGAUCUUCUACUCACCUUGGGUGUACCCCAUCUUUAUUCUGGCCUUCCUGUCCACCCUGCGCAUGGUCCUCCCCCCUCACAGCCCCUGGUUACCUUCAGCCGGGGUGGCCCUGCAGGACCUGCCCUUCUUCAUCCUGCGUGUGGCGCUCAUUACGGUUUUUGGACUGGUCACGCCCAUCUUGUACCUGCUGAAGAACGCUCUGGUCAGCCUGGCCUUCUUCUACUUCGUCUUCAUGACCAAGAUGAAGAUUUUUAAGAGGCAGAGCAUGUUUUGA